GACAGAAAUAUGUCCUUGCCCUCGCUCAGAAAACAGGCUGCAAAGCCAGCCUUUUCAGCCCUAUUUACCCGCAUCUUGAGACCGUGUGGCUCAAAGCAGUAUUGUGGUGGACCUGGGCGGACCUGGGCUCGGGGAUUUGUAUGACCUAGUGCGGAACAUGCUUGGAGGUCGCGGGUUGACUUGGCCCGUGGAGCCGUCUCAUCGAGUGGGCUCUUUUUGCUUGGGCAUGGGAGUCAAUGAAGCGCUGUCCAUCGUACAGAAAAUGGGCAGCCUGGAUCGUGCAGAAUUCAGCUUUGAUGACCAGAGGCCCUUUGAUGUGGACCUAACCUUGAGGCUGCCGUCUUGGGGGCUGCAACUUUGCUUUGAUUCCUAUCAGCAGGAUUUGCGCCUGAUUUCUGUGCGCUUGCAAGAAGAUGAAGUGGAGCAACUUGAGGCAAGGGCACUUGCGCCAGAGUUGAUCUACAGUGGUCAGAAGUUCAACUCCUUGGGCCUCCGAGACAUUUAUCAGAUCUUUGGCCCAACAUGGAUCGGCGACUUUCGUGUCGGCGACUCUCCUGCAUACGUGUUGAGAUAUCCUGGCCUUGCUUUUGAAUUUCCCUUGCCGGAGGACAUGGUUGACGCAUUGGCUGCCAAAGAGGAGCAUCCUAUGGACAUAGCAGGCAGUCCGUCUUUGCUUUGGGUUUUCGCUGCACAGGCAUCCGUACAAAGCCCUUCUUCGGUUGUGCCGGAGUUACUGGAGGCUGUCGGUGUGCUGCCUGGUGUAGGUGUGCAACUGCAGGGCCGGAAGCUGCGCUUUGGUGCCAUGCCACAAGACGUGGUUUCAGACUUUGGACCACCUCAACAGGUAUGCAUCAAGGAUGUUGAUGCAUUUCGCAUUCAUUCCACGCGCACUCCGGCCAAAAGUCCUGAUGUGGACUACUACUACAAUUACUUUUACCUCGGCUUGGAUGCUUUGUUUGAUGGGGAGACCCACUCGUUGCAGAAAAUUGUGUUGCAUGUGAACCCCCCAACGCACGAGCGAUUCAGCCGCUACACACGUUGCUUUUUCGAACUGCUCCUUGACAAAAAGGGUGAAGCUGAAGGCGCUUCGGCUGGUGAUGUGUUGCUUGGUGAGGUGUGUGAAGAAAGUGAACCUGAUGAUCUCGAAAGUCAUCCUGACACCAUAGAAAAAGAAACCGUGGACUCUACAGAGAGGCCCGAUGCUGUGCGCAUUGAUGUGCGGUGGCAAUGGGCAGACAUAGAAGAGGCAUUAUGCCGCGUGGGUGGUUUGGCAAAGAGCAAGCCGCUUGUGAUGGACCAAGAAGGCUACACUUCCUUUGGCAGCACGUACUUCUAUGGCUUUCCUGGCCUUGUUUUCGAGGUGAUGCAAAAUGGAUAUUUGGCAUCUCUGACAGUCUUUCGGGUUCAUAGUUCCAAAUUGCCUUCGAUCUUCCAAAGGAGGUAGUUGGAUAGAUCGAGGAGUGACGCAUUUGUACAUAGCUUGUAGACUUAUUAACUUGAUGAGUCUUCGAGGGAUUCCUUUUUAUGUGCUUGCUGUAGC